AUGUCAUUAAAAAGUCGGGGUAGUCCAGGCAAUGUGCCUCUAUCUAUAGUCAAAGGUUCGGGUCAAGAAGUUGGACGUUCUUGUCACUUUUUGAGUUUCAAAGGCAAGAAAAUUCUUCUCGAUUGUGGCAUUCAUCCUGGCAUGAUUGGUGUUGAUGCAUUACCAUUUGUCGAUAUCAUCGAGUGCGAUGAACUUGAUUUGUUACUGGUUUCGAGGUAUGGCGGCCCUUUUGAAAGUCGUAUGCUUUAUACUGAAGAAGACUUGGAGAAAAGUAUGGAAAAAAUCGAGGUAAUUGAUUUUCACGAGCAAAAGGAGGUAAAUGGUAUAAAAUUUUGGAGCUAUGUAGCUGGUCAUGUACUUGGUGCUUGUAUGUUCAUGAUUGAAAUAGCAGGUGUUAAAAUUCUUUAUACGGGUGAUUUCUCAAGGCUCGAAGAUAGACAUUUAUGUGCUGCUGAAUUACCAUCAGUUUCUCCAGAUGUGCUAAUUUGUGAAUCGACUUAUGGAACUCAAGUUCAUGAAAAUCGAGAAGACAGAGAAAAAAGGUUUACAAGUAUUGUGCAUGAAAUCGUCGGUCGUGGUGGCCGUUGCCUAAUUCCAGCCUUUGCAUUAGGAAGAGCUCAGGAACUGUUGCUUAUUUUGGAUGAAUAUUGGGAGGCACAUCCGGAGCUACAUGAUAUUCCAGUGUAUUAUGCUAGUUCACUCGCAAAGAAGUGUAUGGCUGUAUAUCAGACAUUUGUGAGUGGUAUGAAUGCAAAGAUCCAGAAGCAAAUAGCUUUAAAUAAUCCAUUCGUUUUCAAACAUGUUUCAAAUUUAAAGAGCAUCGAUUACUUCGAAGACGUAGGGCCGUGUGUUGUAAUUGCAUCUCCAGGAAUGCUACAAAAUGGAUUGAGUAGAGAGCUUUUCGAGAACUGGUGCACGGAUUCUAAGAAUGGAUGUAUUAUUGCAGGCUACUGUGUUGAAGGAACACUGGCUAAGCAUAUUCUGUCUGAACCAGAAGAAAUCAUUGCUCUGAAUGGUCAAAAGUUAGCAGUGCGAUUAGAAAUUGCCUACAUAAGUUUUUCCGCUCAUACAGAUUGCGCUCAAACAUCCGAGUUCAUUAAAAUACUUCAUCCACCACAUUUAAUAUUUGUUCAUGGAGAAAUGAAUGAAAUGAACCGUUUGAAAGCUGCUAUUCUUCGACAAUAUGAAGAUGAUUUAGAUCAUCAUAUAGAAGUUUACAAUCCUCCUAAUACGGUACCUGUAAAUCUUCAUUUCAGAGGUGAAAAAACAGCAAAAGUUGUUGGUAAAUUGGCUACAAAUCUACCAAAUGACGGCGAUCUGCUCAGUGGUGUUCUUGUGCGUCGUAACUUCAAUUAUCAUCUUAUGAAAGCUGAAGAUUUAAGUGCUUAUACUGACCUGUCGAACAGCGUUCUUACCCAGCGAGAAAGCAUUUUCUACAGUGGUUCAAUCAGUCUACUACUUUAUAAUUUACAGCAGAUUGCUGGUGACGUAAUUGCUACAGAAAUCGAUUCUAAGGAUUCUGCGCCACCAACUCAUGUCAUUACAAUGUUUAACGAGAGUAUAAAAGUCAUGGUAAACAAGGAAGAACAAGUCGUUGUUGUUGAAUGGACUUCCAACCCCGUAAAUGAUAUGUUCGCAGAUGCCACUCUGGCAGCUAUUUUGCAUGCAUACAUCAAUCCCAUACCUGAUAAAAAUUUGCCGAAAUGGCAAGAUAAACCGAAUCCGACAGAAUGUCUAGAAAAAUCAUUGCUAGAAAUCUGUGGCGAAGAUGCAAAGAUUAAGACUGUGGGCGAAAUUAUUGAAGUGGAAGUUGACGGAAAAACUGCUACUAUUGAUCUUAAUUCUUUACACACAACUUGCUCUGACCAAUUACUUCAUCAUUUGAUCUCAUCUGUAUGCCAAAAGAUGAUGCAUACUGUGACACCAGUUUGUCCAUCAACCUCUUCAAAACAAUGA